AUGAUGCUCCUGUACAAGUCCUACGUACGAUCUCAUCUGGAAUACUGCUGUCCUCUGUGGUCUCCUCACAUGCAGUGCGAAAUUAUUAAACUCGAAGCAGUUCAACGAUCCUUCACUGCUAAAAUCCAGGGUCUUGGAAAUCUCAACUACUGGGAACGCCUCCGUCGCCUGUCUAUGUACUCCCUUCAAAGGCGGCGUGAGAGAUACACUAUCAUCCUAGUUUGGAAGAUCUAUAACAAUCUCGCUCCAAACAGUAUGAACAUCAACUUCCGCGAAACCUCACGAUACGGAACUACGUGUAUACGACCACUAGGGUCCUCCAAGUACACUAGUGUCAAUAACCUGAAGCUGAGGUUCAACUCCUUUGCCUCUAGAGCCUCUGCACUGUACAAUGUGGUCCCUCCUAGCAUCAAGUCCCUCCUAACAUUGACCACUUUCAAACCUGCUCUUGAUGCUUUCCUCAAUGAAUUCCCUGACACUCCACCAACACCUGGGUACACUGGACCGACACGCUACUACUUGGUGGUGGAGAUGCAAGACAUUCUUGGCCUGGUAGCACUCUAG